AUGCACACACCCGAUGAUGAAGCAAUCAAAUGUUGGGCUGGCAAUUUGAGUAUGAAUGCAACUCAUGCAAUUAUUUUUGCUCAACUUUAUAUCAAUCAUACGUGCCAUGGAUUGCAUGCAUUUUGCAUACAAAUUCGUUAUCUCAAGAAAAUGUUACCAUUGAAAGGUAUAACGAUUGGUGAUAUGGGAGAGAAAGUAGGUGCCUGGAAUGGUAUUGAUAAUGGGUGGAUCAAAUUUGAUAGGCACCGUUUUCAUUUGGAUGCAUUACUAAAUCGAUUUGCAACCGUUCUACCGGAUGGUACUUAUCAAUCUAUUUUUAAGAAUACCAAAGAACAACAGUUAGCAAGUUUAGCCAUUCUAUCUAUUGGACGCGCAGCUGUCGUUGGCAAAGGCGCAAUGGCAACUCGACUUGCUUCCAUAAUAGCAACACGCUAUUCAGCUGUUCGGAAGCAAUUUCGCGCUGCCAAUCAUGCAGAAGAGCGAUCAAUCAUCGAAUAUCCCAUGCAACAGCGACGAUUUUUCCCGCAUAUUGCUGCAUCAGUGGCUUUGACCAUUUUUUAUCGUAAAUUUAUUUUGAUUUGUUAUAAGAACUUCUUCAUAUGUUGUACGAAAGAUGAAAGACUUCCAUAUGAGUUGAUGCUAUCACGAGAAAUACAAAUUCUUAGUUGUGCAGCAAAGGUAUUAUCAACAGAAGAAGGUGUUAAUGCUUUAGAUGAUGCUCGUCUUGCUUGUGGUGCGUACGGAUUUUUAAAAAGUUCAAGAUUGAAUGAUCUUCGAGAUGCUUUUGAUCCAUCACGAACUUUUGAAGGUGACAAUAACAUCUUAAUGCAACAAGUAACCUAUGCAUUACUUUCAUUAUCCGAACAAAGAACAUAUAACUGGAAUGAUUCACCUCUUCGAAGUUUGGUAUUUUUAUCUAAGAAGCCGGAAAAAUUCUUAGCCUGGAAUGAUGAUCCCUUAGAAGAUAUCACAAAUGCUUAUAUAUGGUUAUUGCAUUUCCUCAUUUCAACGGUCAAAAACAAUAUCAAAGAUAAAGUUGACCAAGGAGUUGAUGAACGGCAAGCUAAAUUGGAAGCACAGGAUGAACAAUACAGAAUGAUUACGUAUGCAUACUGCGAAUUAGCUAUAUUAAAUUGUUUUCGAGAAUCUUUACAAACAGCUCCGGAAUUUAUCCGAGAAGUUUCACAUCAAUUGGCUGCUCUGUAUGCUUAUAAUUCCAUUGAUAAGCACAUCGCGACACUUUACAUUGGUGGUUACUGUAUCAAUGGACAAUGGGGUAGUAUUGUAAAGAAACGUCUUCGUGAAAUAGAAACUAUCAUUCUUCCUGAUGUUAUUUCAGUAUGCGAUAUGCUUGCUCCACCAGAUUUCUUCUUACAUUCUCUAAUAGGUUCUAAUGAUGGGCAAAUUUAUCAACGUCUUAUUCAGUAUUUCAUGCAAUAUCCCAUAGAAAUAUCAAAUGAUAAUGAUAAUAAUUAA